UAAUUCGGUUAUUCUUCGUUUAUAAUUGAAUUAUUUUCAAUUAUUUAUUACAAUUUUUCUUUUCGUAUAAUUUAAAUUAAAGAAAAAAAAAAAAAUUUCGAAAAUUCAUAUGGGUUUAUCUGAUGAUCAUCAUCAUAUAGGCGGUUCACAGCCUUGUAAUUGCCAUCAUCAAUCAGUUGCACUAUUAGGAUCAACUGAAGUUAAUUUUGUAAAUCAUAAUACAAAACGAAAAAUGCAUAUUUUAAAAAGGAUUAAAAAACGUUUUGGUUUAGCUCGAAGGAGUCCAACAUCAUGCCCUGGUCCAAAUAAUUUACCUCCAUUACAAUUUCAUUCAGUGCAUGGUGAUAAUAUUAGAAUAUCACGUGAUGGUACAUUAGCAAAACGUUAUGAAAGUUUUUGUCGUGCAAUAACAUUUAGUGCAAGGCCAGUACGCUUAAAUGAGCGUGUAUGUGUUAAAUUAACUGAAGUAUCGAAUAAUUGGAAUGGUGGUAUACGAUUUGGUUUUACUAGUAAUGAUCCUGCCACAUUAGAAAGCUCUCUGCCAAAAUAUGCAUGCCCAGAUUUAACAAAUCGUCCCGGUUUCUGGGCGAAAGCAUUACACGAACAGUACUGUGAAAAAGACAAUGUAUUAUUCUAUUAUGUCAAUUCCUCUGGAGAUGUAAUUUAUGGUAUAAAUGGUGAUGAGAAAGGUGUUAUAUUAUCUGGAAUUGAUACACGAGGUCUAUUAUGGACAAUUAUUGAUGUUUAUGGCAAUUGUACAGGUAUAGAAUUUUUGGAUGCUAGAGUUUAUAUGUACCAGCAACCAAGUAGUGGUGGCAGUGGUAAUACUGGACAUCAAAUUUUAAGACAACAACGUUCAAAUUUAAGUGAAAAUGAAAUGAAUCGUAUAAUGCCAUCAAUGCAAUCAUUAAAUUUAAAUGAUGAUAUAAAUAAUUUAAUACCGCCAGUAAGAUAUAACGCUAGUGGUCGAUUAAUACCAGUUUCAUUCCAUAAUACAAAAGGACGAAAUGUACGUUUGUCACAAGAUCGUUUUGUAGCAUCACGAACGCAAGCUGAUUUUUGUCAGGGUUAUGUUUUUACAGCUAGGCCAUUACGAAUUGGCGAAAAAAUUAUUAUACAAAUUUUACAAACCGAAAAUAUGUAUGUCGGUGCUUUGGCAUUAGGUUUAACAUCAUGUAAUCCAGCGAAUUUACAACCAUCUGAUUUACCAGAUGAUUCAGAUUUUUUAUUAGAUCGUCCAGAAUAUUGGGUUGUUAGUAAAGAUAUUGCAUCCCAACCACAGAGAGGAGAUGAAAUUAGUUUUUAUAUAUCGCAGACUGGUGAAGUAGCAAUUACAAAAAAUGAUGGACCACCUGUUAUUGUUAUGCACGUUGAUCAAAGUUUACAAUUAUGGGCGUUCUUAGAUAUAUACGGUUCCACACAAAGUGUUCGAGUUUUUAGACAGCCAUUAUUAACAAAUGUAGCCGUAUCACAGCCACAAUUAUUGCCAACGACAACUAUAUUAUCGCAACAACAACAAAUAUCGCAAUCACAUUCAUCUUUACAGCAUUUACAUAAUGCGCAACAAAUUACACAAGUUCCUGUCUCGACAAGAAAUUUACAAGUGAAUUUACCGUGUUCAGAAUCCAUAAACAGUUUAAAUUCUCAAUUAUCGGAAAGCAGAAAAUUAGCACAUUUAACAACAACAGGAGGUGUUAUACCAGCAACGGCAGUAGCAAACGCAGCUCCAACUGCCACAAAUGUUAGUUGUACUCCUCUAAACGUACUUCCAGGAUCGCAAUCGAAUCAAGUGCAACCAAUACAAACUGCUGUUGCACAAUCUUCAUCGAAUAGUCGAAUGAUAUCUUUACCAUCAAAUGGUGAUAUGAUUCAAAUACAACCAGGCGGUACUGUAUUAGUGGUUAAUCUACCCCCAGCAGAAGCUCAUAUUACAUCUAGCAACAGUCAAACGAGAUUAAAUGGAAAUAUUACAGCAAAUGUUCCUAGUUCAAGUCUAGCCGCUGCUGGCAUAACAAAUGGGUGUGGUGGUAGUUCACAGUUCAUAGAGCCAAUAACAACAUUAAAAUGUAGUGAAAUUACAAGUCAACCACAAUGGAAAGACAAAAAUGUUCCUGCUGAACAACAAAAUUCCGGAGCUGAAUGUACUAUUUGUUACGAAAAUCCAAUUGAUUCCGUCUUAUAUAUGUGUGGUCAUAUGUGUAUGUGCUAUGAAUGUGCGAUAGAACAAUGGCGUGGAGUAGGAGGUGGCCAUUGUCCUUUAUGCAGAGCUAUGAUACGUGAUGUUAUACGUACCUAUACAACGUGAUAAAAUAAAAACGAUAUUUAAAAAGAACAUUUUACAUGAGAUUGAAUUUUAUGUUUAAAAUAGUAAUCCAAAUUUUUUAAAAUAAAAAUUAAGUAAGAAGAGAACAUUUAAAAGCAAAGGUUUAAAAUCUAAAAAGAAUUGAACUAAAUUUGUAUUAAAAGCAAUUUCCUUCAUCUACACUAUUCUAUAAUGCAAGUUUCAAAUUAAAAAUGUUAACUUUAUUAAUGCAGA